GGUAAGUACAUCAGCAAAUGUAUUAUCUAUAUCUUCCUCCAGUCAAUCUAAGCCAACUUAUGACCGAUCCUAUUUUUGCAACAAGACAUUGGAUCAAUAUCCAAAUUUAUAUAGAGAAUUUAGUAGUGAAAAUUUUGAUUAUUAUGGUAUUACCAAUGAGACAUCAUGCCCAUUAUGCAAGUUAAAGCAUGAUGAUGAGGAAAGCAUAGAGGAUUGAUUUGCAAUUAUAGAAAAAGGCAACAUGGCCAAGUCCGAUAAAAUAUUAACUCCCAAAUAUCUGGAUUGGCAUGCCAAAUUAACUGG